GCGUUGACUGGGUGUGGAGGUGUGCGCUUUUGUGGACCCUCCCUCCUCACUGAGUCAACCUGCAGCACUUCCCUAUAACUACUUCCACUGCGUCUCAGGUCUUGACACCGGUCGGUCUCCUCAGCGCUCACUCUUCUUACACAACUCUCCAAAGAUGGCAUCUGGAGUUAAAGUGGCAGAUGGUGUAAAGGAUGUCCUCACCACAAUGAAAUUAAACAGGAAUGCAGAUGAUGCAAGUGAUCGCAUCAGAGUGGUCGAGCUCGGCCUGAAUGAUGCGAAGACUGAGAUCGAAGUCAAACAAGUCGUCAUGGAGAAGGAUUUUCAGAGACUGGGCAAUGUGUUUAAGUACAUUCAGAGUCUAAUGGGAGAGAAGGAGUGCAAAUACAUCAUAUAUGACUGCCAUUAUGAAACCCCUCAGACCAAAAAGGAAGAUCUGAUCUUUAUUAUGUGGAUUUGCGACUGUGCCUCCCCCAAACACAGAAUGGUAUACUCAAGCUCCAAGAGUGCUCUAAAAACGAUUUUAGACGUCAAGUACCAGUUUGAGAUGCAUGGGAGAGACGAGAUUACCUGCUCAUCAUUUUGCAGUAAAAUAAAGGACAAGAUAGUGAGGUUGGAGGGCGAGGAUGUAGAUGCAUUGUAAAAGAACAGAUGUUGAGGAGCAGAUCUUCCAGGACAUUUAAGGGUUUUUGAAGAGGAGACUUGUCUCAAGAUUAAAAAAAAAAUAUAUGUCAAAUGUUGUAAUUUUACAUGAUGUUAAUUAUUUCUACAUGUAUUAUGAGCAUACAUGGGACGCCAUUUGUCUUUACUUGGGAGUUGUAUUCAUUCUUUCUGUAGUGCAACUAAAACUUCUCAAUAUUGCUGGACUUUUAUGUGUCAUCUGGAAGACCAGAUACAGCUUUCAAUAAAAAACUAUAAAAUACA